GCGGCGCCGGGCGGCACGUGACUGGGGGGCCGUAUUGGUCGCGGCACUAGCGCAGCCACUGGGCGCGGGUGGGGUUGCCGGUAGCGGGAUUGAAGCAUAAGCGGUUGCGGAGAUGGGUUCUGUUAAAUGCAACGAUGCACAAAAAAGGUUUGACGAGACAACUCCAACUUACUGAGUUUGCAACAAAGUCUUUGUUUCUAAAACAACAAACUUCUGAACAACCAAAGAACAGUUUUCAGUGAUGGCUGCUUUCUACUCCUUCCCGCAUCUCUCUGACUGAUGACCUGGGCACACUUAAUGCAAAACGAAUGAGAAUAGGAACUGAAGGGCUGAGGGUAGCCCAGGAUGGCUGCAGCUUCAUAUGACCAGUUGUUAAAGCAAGUUGAAGCAUUAAAGAUGGAGAACUCUAACCUUCGACAAGAGCUAGAGGACAACUCAAAUCACCUAACAAAGCUGGAAACUGAGGCAUCUAACAUGAAGGAGGUGCUGAAACAGCUACAAGGAAGUAUUGAAGAUGAGACAAUGGCAUCCUCUGGACAAAUUGACUUAAUGGAACGACUUAAAGAACUGAACUUGGAAAGUAGUAACUUCCCUGGAGUGAAGUUAAGGCCAAAGGUGUCUAUGCGUUCAUAUGGGAGCUGGGAAGGGUCUGUGUCAAGCCCUUCAGAAGAGUGCAGUCCUGUUCCCGUAGGAUCAUUUCCAAGAAGAGGAUUUAUGAAUGGAAGCAAAGAAAGCACUGGUUAUUUAGAAGAGCUAGAAAGAGAGAGAUCUCUGUUGCUUGUGGAGCUUGAGAAGGAAGAGAAAGAAAAGGACUGGUAUUAUGCUCAGCUUCAGGACCUUACUAAAAGGAUUGAUAGUAUCCCCCUUACUGAAAAUUUCUCCUUGCAAACAGAUAUGACCAGAAGGCAGUUAGAGUAUGAGGCAAGGCAAAUCAGAGCUGCAAUGGAAGAACAACUAGGUACUUGUCAGGACAUGGAGAAGCGAGCACAGGUAAGGGUGAUGAGGAUUCAACAAAUAGAGAAGGAUGUUCUUUGUAUACAACAGCUCCUGCAAUCACAAGCAGCUGAAGCAGAGAGGGCACCUCAAAGCAAGCAUGAUGUGGGUUCCCAUGAUACAGAGAGGCACAAUGAAGGUCAAGGAACAGCAGAAAUCAGCAUAGCAACUACUGGUACUGGUCAGGGUUCUGCUGCUCAAAUGGACCAUGAGACAGCCAGUGUUAUGAACUCUAGUAAUAACUAUUCUGUUCCUCGCAGACUGACAAAUCAUCUGGGUACCAAGGUGGAAAUGGUGUAUUCAUUAUUGUCAAUGCUUGGUACUCAUGAUAAAGAUGACAUGUCACGAACAUUGCUAGCGAUGUCUAGCUCCCAAGACAGCUGCAUAGCUAUGCGUCAGUCUGGAUGUCUUCCUCUCCUCAUCCAGCUUUUACAUGGCAAUGAUAAAGACUCUGUGUUGUUAGGAAAUUCCCGUGGUACUAAAGAGGCCCGUGCCAGAGCCGGCGCAGCACUGUAUAACAUCAUUCACUCCCAGCCCAAUGAUAAGCGAGGCAGACGGGAAAUCCGUGUGCUUCAUCUCUUGGAACAAAUCCGUGCUUACUGUGAAACGUGUUGGAAAUGGCAGGAGCCACAUGAAGAAGGCAUGGACCAAGACAAAAACUCAGUGCCAGCUCCAGUUGAUCAUCAAAUCUGUCCUGCAGUGUGUGUUUUGAUGAAACUUUCAUUUGAUGAAGAACACAGGCAUGCCAUGAAUGAGCUUGGAGGUUUGCAGGCCAUUGCAGAACUGUUGCAAGUGGAUUGUGAAAUGUAUGGACUUACAAAUGACCACUAUAGUGUUACAUUAAGGAGGUAUGCUGGAAUGGCUCUGACAAACUUGACUUUUGGAGAUGUGGCAAACAAGGCUACAUUAUGUUCUAUGAAGGACUGUAUGAGAGCUCUUGUAGCCCAACUGAAGUCUGAAAGUGAAGACUUGCAGCAGGUCAUUGCAAGUGUUUUGAGGAACUUGUCCUGGCGAGCAGAUGUAAACAGUAAAAAGACUCUACGUGAAGUUGGAAGUGUGAAAGCAUUGAUGGAAUGUGCUUUAGAAGUUAAGAAGGAAUCCACCCUAAAAAGCGUUUUGAGUGCCUUAUGGAAUUUGUCAGCACACUGUACUGAGAACAAAGGUGAUAUAUGUGCUGUUGAUGGUGCUCUUGCAUUUCUAGUUGGUACCCUGACAUACCGGAGCCAAACAAACACUUUAGCCAUUAUAGAAAGUGGAGGAGGAAUAUUAAGAAAUGUUUCUAGCUUAAUUGCUACUAAUGAGGAACACAGGCAAACCUUGCGAGAGAACAGCUGCUUACAAACCUUGUUACAGCAUUUGAAGUCACACAGUUUGACAAUAGUCAGCAAUGCAUGUGGGACCCUGUGGAAUCUUUCUGCACGAAAUGCAAAAGAUCAGGAGGCACUGUGGGACAUGGGAGCAGUGAGCAUGCUCAAAAAUCUCAUUCACUCAAAACACAAAAUGAUAGCAAUGGGCAGUGCUGCAGCUCUAAGAAACCUGAUGGCAAAUAGGCCAGCAAAAUACAAGGAUGCCAACAUUAUGUCUCCAGGAUCAAGCUUACCAUCUCUUCAUGUUAGAAAACAAAAGGCACUGGAAGCAGAAUUAGAUGCUCAGCAUUUAUCAGAGACUUUUGACAACAUAGAUAAUUUAAGCCCAAAAGCAUCUCACCAUAAUAAGCAGAGACAUAAGCAAAAUAUAUACAAUGAGUAUGUUUUGGAUUCCAGUCGACAUGAUGAUGGGAUUUGCAGAUCAGAGAGUUUUAAUACUGGUCAUAUGACUGCACUUUCACCAUAUUUAAAUGCUACAGUAUUGCCUGGCUCCUCUUCCUCUAGUAGAGGAAACAUAGAAAACUCUCGAUCUGAGAAAGACAGAAGUUUUGAUAGGGAUGGAGCAGUAGAUUUAAAUAGCUAUCAUCCAGUUACAGAGAAUACUGGGAACUCCUCUAAGAGAACAGGAAUGCAGAUUACUGCUGCAGCUCAGAUUGCCAAAGUUAUGGAAAAAGUAACAAGCAUGCAUAUUCCACAAGAAGACAGAAGUUCUUGUUCCACUUCUGAAAUGCACUGUUUGACAGAAGACAGAAAUGUCCCAAGAAGAACAGCUGCUGCCCAUACUCACUCAAAUACAUACUUUCCUAAAUCUGAGAAUUCAAACAGGACAUGUCCUACGCUUUAUACAAAAAUGGAAUACAAGAGAGCUUCAAAUGAUAGUUUAAAUAGUGUCAGCAGCAGUGAUGGCUAUGGUAAAAGAGGCCAAAUGAAACCUUCUGUUGAAUCUUACUCGGAAGAUGAUGAAAGUAAAUUUUGUAGUUAUGGUCAAUACCCAGCUGACUUGGCACAUAAGAUACAUAGUGCAAAUCAUAUGGAUGACAAUGAUGAAGAGCUAGACACUCCUAUUAAUUAUAGUCUUAAAUAUUCAGAUGAACAGUUAAAUUCUGGAAGGCAAAGUCCCUCUCAGAAUGAAAGAUGGGCAAGGCCUAAGCAUAUAAUAGAUGAUGAAAUAAAACAAAAUGAACAAAGGCAGUUAAGGAGCCAAAAUGCAAUUUAUUCCACAUACACUGAAAGUGGAGAUGAUAAGCACAUGAAAUAUCAGUCACCUUUUGGACAGCAAGAGUGUGUUUCUUCUUUUACAUCAAGAGGAUCCAAUGGUUCAGAGCAGAGCAGAGUAGGCUCAGCUCUUGGAAUGAAUCAGAAAGUAAACCAGUCCUUGUGCCAGGUUGAUGAUUAUGACAAUGAUAAGCCAACCAACUAUAGUGAACGCUACUCUGAGGAGGAACAACACAAAGAGGAAGAAGACAGACCAACCAAUUACAGCAUAAAGUACAAUGAAGAGGAACAUCAUGUUGAUCAGCCUAUUGAUUAUAGUCUAAAAUAUUCAACAGAAAUUCAUCCCUCUUCUCAGAAGCCAUCUUUUGCUUUUUCAAACAGUUCAUCAGUGCAAAGCACUAAAACUGACCAUAUUUCCUCAAGCUGUGGGAACAUAUCAACCCCUUCAGGUAGUUCAGAGAGACAGAAUCAGCUUCACCCAAGUUCUGCACAGAGUAGAAGCAGUCAUGCUCAAAAGACUGCCUCCUGUAAGACUCCCUCUAUUAAUCAGGAAACUAUACAAACUUACUGUGUGGAAGAUACACCAAUAUGUUUUUCAAGGUGUAGCUCUUUGUCGUCUUUGUCAUCAGCUGAAGAUGAAAUAGGACGUGAUCAAUCCACGCAUGUGACAGAUGCUAAUAAAACAUUACAGAGAGCAGAACUAAAGGAAAACAAUGGGAUUCUGUCUACAGAAGGUGCAGUAAGUGAAGUUGCAUCAGCAUCUCAGCACAUCAGAACAAAAUCUAGUAGACUUCAGACUCCUAGUUUAUCUCCUUCCGACUCUUCUAGACAUAAAGCUGUUGAAUUUUCUUCAGGUGCCAAAUCUCCCUCAAAGAAUGGUGCACACACUCCUAAAAGUCCACCAGAACAUUACGUGCAGGAGACUCCACUCAUGUUUAGCAGAUGUACUUCUGUAAGUUCCCUGGAUAGUUUUGAAAGCCAUUCAAUUGCUAGUUCAGUUCAAAGUGAGCCUUGCAGUGGAAUGGUAAGUGGUAUUAUAAGUCCCAGUGAUCUUCCAGACAGCCCUGGACAAACAAUGCCUCCAAGCAGAAGUAAAACUCCACCCCCUGCUCAAGGAGCUCAAGUAAAGAAGGAAGUAGCUAAAGGCAAAGUACCUAAUGCAGAAAAGAGAGAGUCUGGUCCUAGACAGGUAGCUGUAAAUGAAGCUGUUCAAAGAGUUCAGGUACUGCCAGAUGCUGAUACAUUAUUACAUUUUGCCACAGAAAGUACACCAGAUGGAUUUUCUUGCUCUUCUAGCCUAAGUGGUCUGAGUCUUGAUGAACCGUUUAUACAGAAAGAUGUAGAGUUAAGAAUAAUGCCUCCUGUACAUGAAAAUGAACAUGGAAAUGAAGCAGAACCUGAACAGCCAGAUGAUACAAAGGAUAACCAAGAGAAGAAAGCAGAGAAGCCUACUGAAGCAGAAAAAGACAUUAUGGAUGAUUCCGAUGAUGAUGAUAUUGAAAUAUUGGAAGAAUGUAUUAUAUCUGCAAUGCCAACAAAAUCUUCACGUAAAGCCAAAAAGCCUUCUCAAGCAUCUGCUUUAAAAAUACCUCCUCCUGUAACCAGAAAGCCAAGCCAACUGCCAGUUUACAAACUUUUGCCUUCACAAAAUGGAUUGCAAUCCCAAAAGCAUGUGAGUUUUACACCUGGAGAUGAUAUGCCAUGGGUAUAUUUUGUUGAGGAUACACCAAUAAAUUUUUUAACAGCUACAUCUUUGAGUGACCUCACAAUAGAAUCACUACCAAAUGAGUUGGCCAAUGUAGAGAAUGUGGGUACAAGGGCAGAGUCAGGGGAUUUUGAAAAGAGAGACACCAUUCCUACAGAAGGUAUAAGUACAGAUGACUCUCGGAGAGCAAAAAGCUCAACUAGGACUGCCCCAGGACUGGAUGAUGACAAAACAGAAGAGGGUGAUAUUCUGGCCGAAUGCAUUAACUCAGCUAUGCCAAAAGGAAAAAGUCACAAACCUUUCAGAGUGAAGAAGAUAAUGGAUCAAAUUCAACAAACAUCUUUAUCUGUAAGUAACAAAAAUCAGUCAGAAUGUUAUAAAAAGAAGCCAACAUCACCAGUAAAGCCCAUUCCCCAAAAUAAUGAAUAUAGAGCACAUGUAAGAAAAAACACAGAGCCUAAAAGCUAUAUUAAUAAUGAAAGAAGCUAUUCAGAGAACAGAGACACAAAGAAACAGAAUCUUAAAAAUAAUUCAAGAUAUUUUAAUGACAAACUUCCAAAUAAUGAAGAGCAUGUAAAAGGAAGCUUUGCAUUUGAUUCCCCUCAUCAUUACACGCCUAUUGAGGGAACUCCUUAUUGUUUUUCACGGAAUGAUUCUCUAAGUUCUUUAGAUUUUGAUGAUGAUGAUGUUGACCUUUCAAGGGAGAAGGCAGAAUUGCGAAAAGGAAAAGCAAAGGGAACAGAAACUGAAGACUGCACUAAUACAGAACAGCCUUCAAAUCAGCAACCAAGUAAUAGGACACAAGUUUGUCAAAAAUACCCAACAGGCAGAAGCCAACCUAAAACUUUCUCUCAGUCAACUAAAGAUAUUCCAGACAGAGGAGCAGCUACAGAUGAGAAAAUACAGAAAUUUGCUAUUGAAAACACACCUGUAUGUUUUUCUUGCAAUUCAUCUCUUAGUUCCCUCAGUGAUAUUGAUCAAGAAAACAACAAAGAAAGUGAACGUGCAAAACAAACUGAGGCUCCUGAUUCACGGAUAGAAUCAAAUAGACCUCAGACUUCUGGUUAUGCACCUAAAGCAUUUCAUGUUGAAGAUACUCCUGUAUGUUUCUCUAGAAACAGCUCUCUCAGUUCUCUUAGUAUUGACUCAGAAGAUGAUCUGUUGCAAGAAUGCAUUAGUUCUGCUAUGCCUAAAAAGAAAAAACCCUCAAAAGUAAAGAGUGAAAGUGAAAAAAAUAAUUCCAGAAAUAUGGGUGAUAUAUUGGCAGAAGAUUUAACACUGGAUUUGAGAGAGAUACAGAGGCCAGAUUCAGAACAUGGUUUCUCACCUGAUUCAGAGAACUUUGAUUGGAAAGCUAUACAAGAAGGUGCAAAUUCUAUAGUUAGUAGCUUGCAUCAAGCUGCAGCUGCUGCAUCACUGACUAGACAAGCUUCAUCAGACUCUGACUCUAUCCUUUCAUUAAAAUCUGGUAUUUCUCUAGGAUCACCAUUUCAUCUUACCCCAGACCAAGAAGAAAAGCCUUUUACUAGUAAUAAAGGUCCAAGAAUUCUUAAGCCAGGAGAGAAGAGUACAUUGGAGUCUAAAAAAGUAGAAUCUGAAAAUAAGGGAAUCAAAGGAGGAAAAAAGGUAUAUAAAAGUAUAAUUACAGGAAAAGCUUGCUCCAAAUCAGAAGUUUCAAGUCAGUUAAAGCAACCACAGCAAACAAGUAUGACUUCAAUUUCACGUGGUAGGACAAUGAUUCAUAUUCCUGGAGUUCGAAAUAGUUCCUCAAGUACUAGUCCUGUUUCCACAAAAGGUCCCCCACUAAAAAAUACAAACUCCAAGAGUCCCAGUGAAGGCCAAAGUUCCAUUACUUCUUCAAGAGGAGUCAAGUUAUUAGUGAAACCUGAGUCAGCUCCUGUAACUAGGCAACCAUCUCAACAGAGCGGAUCAAGUAAAGGACCUUCUAGAUCAGGAUCUAGAGACUCCACUCCUUCUAGACCUCAACAGCAGCCAUUAAGCAGGCCUCUGCAAUCUCCAGGUCGAAACUCAAUUUCCCCAGGAAGAAAUGGUAUAAGUCCUCCCAACAGACUUUCUCAGUUGCCAAGGACAUCAUCUCCUAGUACAGCUUCAACUAAAUCUUCAAGUUCAGGAAGAAUGUUAUAUACAGCACCAGGCAGGCAGAUGAGCCAGCAAAACCUUACAAAGCAAACUGCCUUACCUAAGAGUACCAGUGGCAUUCCCAGAAGUGAGUCUGUUUCAAAAGGAUUAAACCAAAUUCUCAAUAGUGGUGGAUCAAACAAAAAGGCUGAACUAUCCAGAAUGUCAUCCACAAAAUCUAGCGGAAGUGAAUCUGACAGAUCUGAAAGACCUGUUCUGGUUCGUCAGUCAACUUUUAUUAAAGAAGCUUCAAGUCCAACUCUAAGACAGAAAUUAGAAGAGUCUGCUUCAUUUGAAUCUCUGUCUCCUUACAGGCCAGGCUCUCCCACUAGGUCCCAAAUACAGACUCCAGUUUUAAGUCCAUCUCUUCCCAAUAUGUCUUUAUCCACUCAUUUAACUGCCCAGACUAGCGGUUGGCAAAAUUUACCUCCUAAUCUGAGUCCUUCUGCAGAAUAUGAUGGGAGACCAGCAAAACAUCAUAACAUAGCUCGUUCUCAUUCUGAGAGUCCAUCUAGAUUGCCAAUCAAUAGAUCAGGAACAUGGAAGCGUGAACAUAGUAAGCAUUCCUCAUCACUUCCUCGUGUAAGCACUUGGCGAAGAACUGGAAGUUCUUCCUCAAUUCUGUCAGCUUCUUCAGAAUCCAGUGAAAAGGCAAAAAGUGAAGAUGAAAAGCAACAUGGAAGUUCUAUUUCUAGACACAAACAAAGUAAAGAAAGUCAAGCACCAGCAAAAGGUACUUGGAGAAAAAUAAAAGAAAAUGAAAUUCCUCAAAUAAAGAAUGAUCCACAGUAUUCUUCCUCAGGUGCAACAAAUGACUCUGAUUCCAAACCUCUAAUUUAUCAGAUGGCACCAGCUGUCUCUAAGACAGAGGAUGUGUGGGUGAGGAUAGAGGACUGCCCUAUUAAUAAACCUCGAUCUGGAAGAUCCCCAACUAGAAAUACUCCCCCUGUUAUUGAUGGUGUUUCAGAGAAAGGGAGUGUGAAUGAUAAAGAUUCUAAAGAGAUUAAUGAAAAACAAAAUCCAGGGAAUGGAAAUGUUCCUGUUUGUACCAUUGGUUUAGAAAAUUGUCCAAACUCUUUCUUUCAGAUAGACAGUCCAGAUAAGAAAGGAACGGAAGCAAAACCUGUACAGAAUAAUCCUGUUCCUGCACCAGAAAAUAAUGAAAGUACUGUUAGUGAGCGUACACCAUUCAGUUCCAGUAGCUCAAGCAAACAUAACUCCCCCAGUGGUACUGUUGCAGCAAGAGUGACUCCUUUCAACUACAGUCCAAGUCCCAGGAAGAGUAGUGCGGACAACAGUUCUGCUCGGCCAUCACAAAUACCAACGCCAAUAAAUAACAGUACAAAGAAACGUGACUCAAAGACUGAAAAUACAGACUCCAGCAGAACUCAGAGCCCUAAACGUCAUUCUGGCUCUUACCUGGUGACUUCUGUUUAAGUAAAUAAAAAAAUAAAUGCAAUUGAUGUAUUAUAUACAGCAGCUAUUUAGAAAUUUUGUUUCAAAUGAAACUUUAAAAGAAUGGGUGUUGGUUUUAUUUGUUGUUUUUAUCUUUUGUAAAUAGGUUUGAUUCUUGUUAGGGGGUCCUUGUUCUGGAAGCCAUAUUUGAUAGUAUACUUUGUCUUCACCAGUAAUAUUUUGGAGGAAUGCCUAAUUGACAGCUUGGAAUAAAAUUGCUAAUGCAAUUAUAUUUGUACAGUAUGUUUUAUCAUAUUUAAUUAGCAUCCCAUCCCAUAAUCCUUUAAACAUUGCUUGUCUUGAAAUCAUGAGCAUUACAGAUAGAGAUGAUACAGUCAUAUUGCUUUAUCAAUUGUUUAUGGAUUACAGACUGACUAAAACUACAUCAGGGAAGAAUUGGUAUUAUUUAUGAAAAAAAGUAACUCAGUUUUAGUAUUUGUGAGUCCUUCUAACACAAUAAUUAAUCAUGUGGGUGUGAAAUUCACAGUACUGUGGUUUCUGCUGAACAAGUUUUCCCAGCCUGCUUUCCUUCAUGAAUAGAACUGAUCAUUCAUUUUCUGAACUAAUGAUUAACAUUUCUGUGGUCACAUAAUGUGCAUAGAUAGUUAUGGUGCAACAAUUUGCACUUUCUUUGUGCUCCACAAAAAAAUGGGCAACUGUGUAACUGUAAAACCUUGAACAAAAUUAUUUUACCUGAACUAGAUUUUAUCUUAAAGUAAGUAGAAUUUUUUUGCUAUGCUGUAACUUGUUAUAUAUUCUGGUACUUGAGGUGAGGUGACUGCUCUUCUGUUAAUGAGACAUGGGUGAUGUCUCAACAGAGACUAAAAUAAACAUUUCAGAAUAAAUUAUUACUAUAUGUAAAUAGUAUGUGUUACUUCUGCAUUACAUAAAAACGUAGUAUUUUAUUUUGAGAUGUCACCUUAUAAUGUGUUGUAUAAUGCACUUACACUUAAGGCCUGAUCCAGCAGAAUCUUGCACCUCCAAUAUUCACUCUUCUUUAUCACUGACAAAUGGCUGUUGUAGGAUGCUUAUACCCACUGCAGGAUCAGGCCCUAGGUCUUCUGUACUAUAUUUGCAAUUGAGACAGUUUCACACAUCUCAGGUGCAUAACAAGGCUAAAAGCAGGGUAUUUCCAGAAGCCAAGCAGUAUAAUUGUUUUCAUGACUGCAAGCCUGAAACAAUAUUGGAUUUUUUAAAAAGCACACUUUUGUUUUAUAAAUAUUACUUUUAAUUGGGGAAAAUAAUGUACAAUGUGAAAUAGUGACUAUAAGAUGAAACUUAAAUUUAUUUGAAAUCUUAAUGCAUUAUUUAUUUAUUUUUUAAAAAAUGAUCAAGGGAAAAUAUUGCAAAAAUCCUAUGACAAGAAAUGUGUUAUCAUAGUGGAAAAAGUUUUAUAUGGAAACCAGGACAUUUGCUGCCUCAGGCCUUUUUGAUGUGAAUAUGGUUUGUGCUAAAACCUUUAAAAAUAUAGCCUGAAUUUAGAUGAGAUUUGGGUCAAGGUAGAAACACUUAGGAGAUAACAUAACAUUUGCCAUUUUGUGCAUGAUUGAAUGAACCAUGAAAUGGUAUCUUAGUUUUGUUGUAUCUUAACUUGACUAUUCUAAAGUUAGCAUUCUAAAUAAUUGGUAAUCAGGUUUCAAAAUGCCCUGAUUUCAGGAAGCACUGAAAUAGAGCAAUUUAACUUUAUGGUAUCUUUAACACAAUUGCAGACUCUGUCACGUCUGUGGCUUUUGUACUUCAUCUGAUACUGAAAUGAAUCUAUUUUUAUCUUAAAUUCAGCAUAUGUCAUGCACUUUUUAUGAACAGAAAUGAGAUACUAUCAGCAGACAGAAAUCAAUUUAGAUUAGUUUAAAAGCCAAUACCAAAAUAUCUUUUUGGAAGAAGUGGUAUCUUAUUUGCUCUUUUGUUCUUUGUCUCCCAUCAAAUUUGCUUAUAGACGUGCCAUACUUCUGUAUCAUCUGGUGAAUCUGUAAACAAACAGCACUCCUCAUGUUAACAUUUAAAAUAUUUUCUAUAUAGUAGUCCUCACAAAACCUUUGAUAUGAAUGUUACUGUCCUUUUAAAGAUGAAAUAGAGACAGAGGGAGAUUAUGUGAUUUGUUCAAAGUCAAGACUUUGCAUUGGAGUAGAAUACAGAACACCAUCCCUGUGUUUAAAAUGCAAGAAAAUUUUUCUUAUAAGUGAUGUGAUUUUUUUUUGUGCUGGGUUUUUAACUAUUUAAUUUGAAGGUAUACCACAUAAUCCAGGAUUGUCAGUUAAUGUCAGCUUUACAUCUACAUCCUGUUGAUUUAAGACUUUAAAGUUAAAUUGAAUCCAUAUAAAGAAAUUCUGAUUUCAGUUUUAUAACGAAAUAAUUGUAUGUGUAUCAAACACCAGAAUGUCUUUGAAAAUUAUAAUGGCUUCUCUAGGUAGUCUUGGAGGUACUUCAUGAUCAUUAUAAUUGGGAAGUUUCUCUUAAUAUCCUCAUAACUAGCCUACAUUUGUAGCAAAGAUAGGUAAGUUAAACUUUCCAACUAUAAGGGUAGUAAAACACUAAAAUAUGCUUCCCAUGGGAGUUGUUAAAUUUUCAUUAUAGAAGUUUUAAGAGGUUUAGCAAACAUCUCUCAGGGAUGGACUUUAGUAUAUUUCAUAUUGCCUGUAUGCAGAGAGAUGGGCUUAGGUGACCUUUUGAAAUCCCUUCCAGACCUACAUUUCUCUGAUUCUAUAUCUAAAAUGCUUAGUAUGCAUUAAGAGCCUUUUUGAAUAUUUAAGGACAUCCAUGAUGUUUGAUUUAUGUUAGUGAUUAGGAUACAAAGUUAUGAUGCCUAAGAUUAAUGAUAGCCAUAUUUGGUUUAUGCUGCUAAAGAUUUACUCUUCUUCCUUAGUUUUAUUUCUAUGAAGUCACCACAGCAGGUGACAGGACAUUAUGUCAAGGCAAAAGGAGGAAAAGCAAGGAGCGAAGGAAACCAAGACUCAUUUUGCUGUUCUUCUGAGAUGCACUGCCUUUAUUUCUCUAGAUUUUGGCAGAACUUUUGCAAUUUGUAUGUAGACCUUUAGUUGUCCUUACCAUUUCCAGUACAUAUCAAACUUGGACUUGAAAAUCAGUUUAUACUUUAAAUAUAUUCAUAAAGCUGAUUUCAGACUGACAGCUUUGUCCUCUUGUGAAAACUGGAAACCUGACCUCCCCACAAAUUCUAAUUAGUUCAUUGUUUUAAAUGUACAUUCAUUUUAGUUUCUCUCUGGAAGUUACAUAAGUGUGCCAUAGUAAGGUUAUUGCUCAAUUUCUGUGAAAGCUCUUCUGACUAAAUAUUGCAGACUUGAAAAGGGAACUAAAACUAUCUAUAUUUUUCAUGUGCAAUUCUCUAUCAGAAUAUUUCCCCCUGUGAAAGCUUAAACAUAAUUCUCAAAACUCUUUCUCAGAGAUGCCAGCUUAGAUGCCAGGAUUUCCUGACAUGACUGGAAUAUUGUUUCAAGCAAGACUUGGCUUCAGAAUACAAAUAUAGUUUAUACUGUAUUCUUCAAUGUGGACUAUCUCUGAUAGCUUUGGGGAAGUUAAUUGUUGUGUCUUGGGCAAAGGGGAGAAAAGGAAAUAAUUGAUAAUUUCAGACUGUCAGCCAUACUUCCCCAGGGAUAUACUUUCAUAUCUUCUCCAAUAAAGUACAUAAACUGCGUAGGAAGGACAAUAACAUUUGUCUGCAAAUUAAUGAGAUUUUAUUUUUAAAGUAUAUCAGUAGGCCAUGAAACUGAAAAAACUUAUGUAUGCUAAUCUGACAGCUGAAUUCUUUGAUCUUCACUUCAGAAUAUUUCCUAGCUGUCUGUCUGUGUCCCCUCCCCAGUCAGAGGUAAGAGAAAUGGGGAUUACCAAGAAGAUAAUAAGCAGUUUAUUAAUAGAUGUCUUCGCUCUUUUUUAAGGGUAAAGACUGCAUGUUGUUUCUGAACUGAAGUAGCAGCUUACACUGUUGAAAGAAGUUUCCUUCUCUUUUCCCAUGCUCCUGGCUGCUCCUGCAGUCUGGCACUCGUCCGACCCUUCAGUGAGCCAAUUCAACUCUUACCUGACAGAAUUGGCAGGGGAAUUAGUGCUGCUUUAGUGCGUUGAAGUGCUGCCUGAGCCAGCAGAAAGAAGAUUGCAAACAGCUAGGACUGAUGGGAGGAGAGGGUGGGAUAGCUUCCUUUAUGGGUGGUGAGUGUUAUAUUGGAACAAACCAUUACAUGAAAUUUUAAACUGGUAUGCCAAGCUUCAGAACUGUUUUUCAUCCUUUUUGAGACAGCAAAAACAUAUUAAAGUUUUGGACUCGUAACUGUUGUUCACUCUGAACUGCCUAAUAGCCCCAAGCGCUUUGCAUUUAAACAUAUUAUGUUCCAGACAAGUCUUUAGCCUGGAAACUCUCACAAGUUUCUGCAGAAGUAUUAUGUUAAUCUAUAGUUUGUGUUCAUAGAAAAUAAAUUUUUCUUCAUCAAAACUUUCCAAAGGACCAAUUUUUCUACCAUAUAUAAACUUCUAGAUGACAAAUUUUAAAUUUGGAAUAUUGCAUCAAAUAAAAAGAUUUACUGCAACUAGUUGUUUUCUCAAAGAGGCUUGAAGGGGGGAAAACAUAUCCCUUCCCUAAUGAAGACAGUACUACUUUUAGGGAUGAUUUGGAAAAUGUUUAGGUGAACUCUUAGAAGCUCCUGUAUUCUCUUUUUACUAGAUGCCUCCCAAACUUUUUUCUCACCUAGCUCUCAUUAAAUAAUAUGAACAGCUGUAAGAGUGUUUCUAAAAUCCCAUGUAGACUUCCACCUAAACAUAACCUCAUAUACCUACUGUAAUGUCUUGCAGUCUCAUCCACCUGACAGCUUUGUUCUUGAUGAGAUGUGUGAUCCAGAUAAAGCUGUGAAUUAGAAGUGAAUUGUCAGUCAAUAAGCAGCCUGACUUCCUCCAAAUGCUUACAACUUUGAGGACUUUCUUGAUACCAAAUCACCCAAAUGUAUUCACUCUUUGCUUCCACAGCCAUGUCCUUUGCACUUUUAAGUAUAACCUGAAAAAAUGCUUAUGCUUUUUUUUUUUUCUCAUUUCAAAUCACAUAUAGAAACUUCAUCCCUGCUUCAUGGUUUCCUGUAUACAGAAUAACAGAUUGUAUCUGUAAAUGUGUUUAUAGAGAAUGUUAAUGUAGUUAAGGUUGAGUUUUUGGUCAAAGUGGUAAGUUGAUUGGUUAUGUGUUGUGUUUGGUUACAUAUUAGAAGUGCAAGGGAAUUUACAACAGUACUGUAGGUGUCUGAAUGAACUGGUAAUGUCCAGAUUAAUAUAAGGUGUGGUUUUAAUACCUAGGUUUUCUGCUGUCAACUUUCAGUCUACCAGAUGUGCUAUUUACUUAUUGGAAGACUGGGUAAUGCUUCUCUAGCAAAGUUUUGCAAGUGAUCUAUUUCUCAUGAAAUUUCCAAACAGUUCUGGGUUUAUGUGUUUAUGAAUUUCUGUCACUUCAAGAUUUGAGGAAACUCUUCUAAUUUUGCUGUUUGUGCAAGCAUCCUUUGCCUGAGUGGCUGUAGAAUUGCAAUUAGGAUAUUAUGAAGAUUUAGAGGGAGCUUGUUCACUCAGUGAAAUGCACUUCUGUCCAGAGUACAAUCCCAAGACCUACGUACAAACUGAAUAUCUCUUAUGCCCUACUUCUUGGUGGGAUUUAAGAUGCAUAAAGCUUGUGCUGGUUCUCUGCAAAGAAUUAAAUCAUCAUCCUCUGAGUUUGGAUGCAUUUUCCCACCUGUAAAUGUUGUUUCUCUUUAACAACUCAGCCCACAAUUCUUUCCUUUGGUUUUGUUGUUUGCUUCUGCCUGAGAUGCAUUACUGUUUAUAUCCUAACUCUGUAAUUAAUUCUUCUUUCAGCUAUUAUAAUGUAUUUUGUUUCACAGUAUACUAAUUCUGAAUUUAGUCUUGCUAUGCAUAACUUAUUUAUUACUUGCAGUGUUAUAUAAAAUUUCCUCUUGAUUGUA